GAGUUUGGUGAAUAAUCACUUGGAGUCCCUUCCUGGCGGAUUGUUCCGGACACUGACGGCCAUCAAACACAUCGAUCUGCGGGGGAAUCCUCUGACCUGCGACUGUCGGAUGAAGUGGUUGGUGAAGUGGGUGCACGGACCCGGGAGGAGUGUGGCCCUGUGGCCCCCGUUACCUUGUGAGGAGCCGACAAAGCUGAAGGGCAAGAGCGUCCAGGAGCUCAGCGAGAGUGACUUCUACUGCGUGAGCAGCAACUUGGUGCAGCGCUGGACCUUCAAGCUUCCCUCCCUGACGGUCAAGGCCUUUGAGUAUAACGCGCAGCAGUAUGUGGUGAUCGCUCACCCCUUCGAGGGCCGGUGCACCAUCCUGGAGUGGGACCACGUGGCCUACGAAUUCCGAUACUACGACAGUAUCAAAGGUAUCUCAGUGGUCUCCUGCCUGCCGCUGGUUAUCGGUAAACAGCUCUUCGUGGUGGUGGCUCAGCUGUAUGGUGGCACCUCAGUCUACCGCCUGGACCCCUCACCGGGAAGCCCGUCCGCCUUCCAUCGUUUUCAGCAUUUCCCUGAUGUCCGGAAACCCAACGACAUUGAGAGCUUUACCUCAGCCGAAGGCGACCAUUACUUCAUCAUAGCAGAUAGCGCCAAGUCUGGAGCCAGCACCUUGUAUCGCUGGGACGGCCGUGGCUUCUACCCUCAGCAACAGUUACCACGAUGGUACCGUGACACUGAUGCCGAACCUCUCAUCCUCUCUGGUUCUCCCCACCUCAUUAUGAGCAGCGGUUCCCAGAGGCCUCUCAUCUACCGAUUUGAGGACAAGCACCUAGAACGCCUGACAGAUAUUCCAGAAGCUUGGGACGUCUAUGCGGUGAAGCACUUCACGGACGCAGAAGACGGCAUCUUCGCCUGCUUGGUCCGCUAUAUGGGUGACUCCUCCCUCGUCCGCUGGGACGGCUCUAUGUUUCGACAGCUCCAGCAGUUGCCCUCCAGAGGGUCACAUGUCUUUCAGCCUCUGCUGCUUGGCCAAAGGUGGCACGCUCUUCUAGGAAAUGACUUUGGCUACACGUGGGUCUACCAGCUGGAGAAAUGGAAACAUUGGGAGAUUGAAGAGACUAAUGACAAGGAGGGGCCUAUAGGGCCCCUGGUGCCAAUGCAGGAGCUCAAGGUCCUAGAGGCUCGGGCCUUUACCACCAUCCAGGUGCGAGGUCGGCUCUUCACUUUUGUGGCCAGUUUUGGAGGGGACACAAUGGUAUUUGAAUAUGUGGAGAAGGACCAUGCUGGCUAAGGAAUGACCGAGAAACUGAGCUGCUCCUCGUGGGCUGGACAAAGGACCUGAAGUGGUGAUAGAGAGGUGACGGUAGAGAGUGGAAAUGGGACAGGGCCAUAGUGACCAGUAUGGAGAACUUCCAUGACAGUGACCUCUGCCCCCUGGACUCACAGUAUGGUUGUAUUCACACGGGACUUGCGGUGAAUCUUACAGAGGGAGGGGCCCGAUAUAGAAGGAAAACUCAUCUCUUGCCUCUGAGUUGUAAAACUGCAUCAAAAUGGCUGAUGUGGGAAAGGGUUAAUACAGGGAGUGGCAUGUGACUGUCCCCUCCAUGACAUGUCCUUCUACAACAUCACAUGGUUGCCCAGCUCCUCCUCUUUGGUACUUUAUUUUUCCUACAACUGACAACUAAACUUCGCCUCUGAAGAGCUUUUUCAAUUAUGGGACGAGGGGAAGGUUACUGCUCAGAAAAAGUCGAUUAACCCUUUAUUAUUGUGUGAUAUGUAAAUGACCCUAAUAACCUCAUAUUAAACCAGUGUAAAAAAAACUGACUUAGAAAU